UGUCGCUCUUCCAACUACACUUUUCAGCUCGAGUUCUCGGUCUGACAGUCUCGCCCUCCACUGUGUCGAGGCCUUUGACCUCGAACUCCGGCUCAAGAUGACGACGGCGUGUCACGGCGGCGCCGGCGGAACGCCACGCACGUCUUUUCCAACACGCUCUUUCCGGAACCGGGCCUCGAGCUAGGAAAGGCAAGACCUUCGGCAAAUUCACUAGAAGAGAUCGCGUCCCCUGCUGCUCUUGACGGCAGUGAUGCCGGAGAGAUGGGGUCGCCUGCCCAUUCGGUCGCCUCGCCAGGAGUAGCCGUUGGCGAUGGCAGGAUCAAAGCCGGGUCGGCGUCGCGUCCGUGCCUGUCCUGGCCCGGAUCCCAUUCAGCUCUGGCCGUGCAGGUGGUGAAGAUCAAAGAGGAAGAAGUGGAAGAGGAGGAGGCGGCGAUGGUUGCUGAUCCCGGGGAUGCCACCACCAUGUCGCCCUCAUGCUCGUGGGGGGCAGCAGCAGAGGAAGUGGUGAGGCCGAUGGAGGGGCUGGGGGAGGUGGGGCCGACGCCGUUCCUGAGGAAGACGUAUGAGAUGGUGUCGGACCCUGGAUCGGACCCGGUGGUGUCGUGGGGUUCAGGCCGGGACAGCUUCGUGGUGUGGGAUCAGCACGAGUUCUCGAAGCAGGUCCUGCCUCGAUAUUUCAAGCACUCCAACUUCUCCAGCUUCAUCAGGCAGCUCAACACUUACGGUUUUAGGAAGAUUGAUAUGGAACGAUGGGAGUUUGCGAGUGAAGGUUUUCAGGCAGGGAAGAAGCACUUGCUGAAGAACAUAAAGAGGAGAGGCAAAUUCAGCAAGCACAGGAAGUCAUCGAGUAGUAGUUUUACCUCGGGGUACCCAAAAGCUGGAAAGGAAGCCAUACUCGAAACGCUUAAGAAGGACCAGGAAGCAUUGAAGGCCGAGAUCCUGAAACUAAGAGAAGAGCGGGAGAAUUCACAGCAUGAGUUUGACCAGGUCGCAGAGCAGGUUCGUUGUGCCGAGUGCAGGCACCAGCAGAUGUUCCUCUUCCUCUACAAAGCUGCCAAAAGCCCGAACUUUGUCCAGCAGUUAAUCCAGAAGAGGAGGCACAAGAGAGAAUUAGACACUCGUGAAUCAAGCAAGAAGAGCAAACUGCUUGAUCCCGAUGGUGCCACCCAAUGCUUGCUUGAAGCAAAGGAUCCCAAGAUUCAAAGCCCAAAAGUUGAUUGCCUGACAAUCAGUGACGAGUCGGCUCAGAUGGAGUCUCAGCCUAAUAGUGUCGUGCUGGAGGAUUUUGAGACCAUUCAGAUGCACAAUCCGUGGCCUUCUCCACUGGGUGGCAGAGAUUUCAGGGUUGUGCAGGGUCAGACGCCGGAUCAGAUGGCCGGAGCUAGUCCAUCGCAUUUGUCUUCAGUUUUCCACGAGAUGUCUGAGAGACUCCUCGAAGACAAUAUGGUCGUUGGUGACAACGUCGCUGAUGUCGAAGAAGUAGAAGAACUGGUGGUGAAUGACUCAAGAAUCUAUCUUGAAUUGGAGGGUCUGAUUGAGAAGCCGUGUGGCUGGAGUGAGUACCCAAGUGGGCCGAUGGAGCAAGCAGCGGGAGUGAUGCCCUAAAUUUCCAUAUCGCAUGAUGCAGCUUUUGCCAUAAUUGGAGAGAAUUUCUUGAGUGAAGUCUCUCUGCUUGACCGAAUGAGGAUAUGCUGGAAACAGGAGGGGAGAGGGAAUCCAACCAUUAAACUAGGAUCUUACGGCAAAUGCCCAUACUUGUCCAGAUGUUGGAAGUUUUUUCCUUUGUAUUGUAUCAGAGUCCCCUGGAUGUUCUUUUCUCUAGUAUGCACUAUUUUUUUCCUUUUUUGGUGUGUUGUGACCAGCUACGUACAAAGAGAAGCUGUGUAUAUAGCGAAAACUUCAAUUUCAGUAUUUUCCAAAUGUUCUGCAUGACCAAAUUCUAAUCA